UUUUUUUUUUUUAAUUGAAUAAUUGUCAUGUUGGAUCUGAAAUCGGAGAAGAAGUGAAGAAUCUUUCCAUUUUUUUUUUUUGUUCUGUAUAGAUUUUUAAUCCUGGAUUUCCUGGAAAUCAGUGCCCUGCAUGCGCUGUUGAUACUGAUCUUGGAUUGUUUGAGGAGAUUUGUGUUGAAGAUUGAUGUUAUAAGAUUGGAUUCUUUAGAUUUUGGUUGGGUUUAUUGCAGAGAGGUGAAGAGUUAUCAUGGCAUCAGUGUUUUUGUAUCAUGUGGUUGGGGAUCUGACUGUAGGAAAGCCGGAGAUGGUUGAGUUUUAUGAGACGGAGACGAUUGAAACGGCAAUUCGGGUGAUUGGAGAGUCGACAGAGUGUGGGAUACCAAUUUGGAAGAGGAAAAGUCUUGGAAUUAUUGAGAAUGCUGAAAUGAAACAGCAGAGAUUUGUGGGAAUUCUCUCGUCUUUGGAUAUCGUUGCCUUUCUGGCUCGAACGGAGAAUCAAAAGGAUCAAGAUAGGGCAAUGAAGACCCCAGUUUCGGAGGCUGUAGUUCCCAACCAUUCGUUAUUGAGACAGGUCGAUCCUGCAACAAGAUUGAUUGAUGCAUUAGAAAUGAUGAAGCAAGGUGUGAGGCGUCUUCUAAUCCGAAAAAGUGUGGUGUGGAAAGGAAUGAGCAAACGGUUUUCCGUUCUCUAUAAUGGUAAGUGGUUGAAGAACGUUGAUACCUCUGUUGGUAGCAGCAAUAACCUCAACGUAAAUGCUAACCACCCAUCGUCGUCUUCGACAUCUACUUGUCAUGAUAAGUUUUGUUGUCUCUCAAGAGAAGAUGUCAUUCGUUUCCUUAUCGGUUGCCUCGGUGCCCUUGCUCCUCUCCCUCUAUCCUCCAUCUCUACA